AUGGAUCCUUGCGUAACAAUCGAAGAUUUUAUGAAAAAUAAUUUUACCCUCUACACUCCUAAAUUUUGUUAUUAAGCAAUUGGAGUUCCUGAUUAUGUUACUCUACCUUAAAAUGAAGCAGGAGUUUUAAUUCUUCAUGAUUUUAUCUCUCUUUUAAAUCAUUAUAGUUUGGCUUUGGAUAUUUCUUAUAGUGGGAUGAUAUAAAUAUCGUCAGUAUCAAAAACAAAAUAUUUUAGUCAAUUUCCUUUUUGUUUUUUACUACCCUGGUUUGAUAUUACUUCAUUUUCAUGGUAUUAUUCCAGUUUUAUUAGGUAUUAAAAUCAUUUGUAAAUAACUUAAGAAAAUUAAAAAGAAGGUUUUAUUUUCUCACCUUUAAACGAUUUUUUCAUUACCAAGAUUAAGGAAAUGUCAAUUACAAGUUCUCUUUAUCAUGAUGGUCAAAUGAUCGGAAUUAUUAGAGAAGGCUUAAUAAUCAGUGAAUACUUGAUACCUUAUGUGCCAUAUAAUGUUUUAUUGUUAGAUUAAGAAGGUUUAGUCGUAUAUUUUAACAUUGAAUAACUCAGAAAUAAGACAGAUUAUUUUUACAUUUAUGAUUAAAAUGUUACUGGUUUUAAUACUAGUGAUUGGGAAGAAAUGAUACAGUUUUCAAAUUAAAAGGAAAAAGUAAUUUUGGUUUUAGAGAAUAAAUUAUAAUAAGAAAAAGUCAAUGUUUAUUCUCUUGAAGUGUUAAAGAAUAACUUCACGCUUAUUGUGUAUUUAUUAUUACUUAUGUAAGUUACACUAAUAUCACUACAAAAGUAGAUUAGUAGAACAAAUCUUCAGCAAUAAGAGAAACAUCAUUCCUUAAUUUUACAAUCUCGUUUUUCGGAUAAAUAUUUUUAGGGUUUAUAGCCAUAAUACUUUAAAUCUUUGUAUUAUUAAUAGUAUUUAAGCCUUUAAAAUAAUUUAAUUCAAUUAUUAAAAAGUAUACAUUAUCGCAGGGCAAUAAUGUUAAUAGUGAAAUAUUUAAAAUGAUUCAUAACCAUUAACAUAAGUCAGAUGCCUUAACCACUCUAUAAAACAAAAUCCUCAAUUUCUCUUAAGUCUUAUCAGAAAGGUAAGGAAAGAAGUGCGAAAUGUGCAAAAUAUGGGAGGCCUUUAUUUAUAAUGAAAAAGAUGUGCAAUUAAAUCUUGAUUAGAUUAAGAAACAAAUUUAACAAUUAUAAAAUGGAAUGCAAGAAUUUGAACCAAAAAUGUUAAAAAUUAUAAAAUAAGGAAUUAAAUGA